UAUCAAUGACGUCAUAGCGAUGGUGCAAGCUGGCCGAGAAGGAAGGAAUACGAAAUUGACAAUGUCGAUGUUUUAACGUUUUGAGAUACAUUCUGAUUACAAUUACAAUCGGAAUUCAUUCGUUUCUAAAUAAAUAUUAUCUUAGGGGUUUAUAGUUUAAAGCCACAGAGGAUGGCCCGUUCUGCAGCUCAGAACCAGGAGCGCCAAGGCCAGCGCUCUGCUCAACAAGGGGGUCAAUCCAAGCCCAGCAAGGGACAGCGUCAGGAUGCAGCAGAACGGAAGAGGGACGAGCGAGCCAUCAGGAAUGCUUACAGGAAGACGAAAAAGGACGAAUCGUACCUUGCAGACGAUCAGAACUUUGCAAGCUUUGCCACCCAGCUGCAGAGUAUGGGUCUUCAAUUGAGAGAUAUUCCUGGCGAUGGAAACUGUUUGUUCCGAGCUCUUGGGGACCAGUUGGAAGGCCACGGUCGCAACCACAUGGCUCACCGGUUGGACGUUGUACAGUAUAUGAGAGAUCACAAAGACAACUUUGAACCCUUUAUGGAAGACGACGUACCAUUUGAGAGACAUUUGGUCAACCUGGCUAAGCCUGGUACCUAUGCAGGAAAUGACAGUAUCGUGGCCUUUGCUCGCCUCCUGAAGGUCAAUGUGGUCAUUCAUCAAUUGAAUCUUCCAGUAUGGAGGAUUGUAGGUUCAGAUAAACCCUCAUGCAAGGAGCUUCAUAUAUCCUACCAUAAUGGUGACCAUUACUCUAGUGUAAGGAAGCUGGGUGAUAACUCAGAGAAAGCUACCAACUUCAGGAACGGUGGCGAGUCAUCUAGUUCAGACAUAAAACCCAAGCCUAAGGCCCGGACAAAGUCCAAAGUGAGCGAUGAGAUCGAUCCACCGUACACCAAUGGAACAGUAGAAGAAGACGGUCUCAUCGAUGUAGAAUUACAUAUAAUGGUCGAGACAGGCUGUGAGGAUGUGCAAUUAAUACGAGAGACUUUCAUGGACAAUGAAUGCAACGUGGAUGCAACUAUAGGAGUGCUACUUCAAGUUACCAAUGCUGACUGCGAUACAUUUUCUCAUGAUAAUAACUCUAUAAAAUCAGGAGAGCGAUCGCCUCAGGGUGCUGCCGGCAUCUGGUCUACAGACGGCUCCGGAACUAGAUUAUUUGGUGUACCUGAAGACAGUGAUAGUAGUAGUAGCAGCAAGACACAGCCAAACAGGACUCCAGGCGGGAAAGCCAAGAAUCAGAGUACCAGGCAGCAGAAAGCCCAGAAGCGGCUCGAGAAGAAACAGAGACAGGCAGAGAGACAUCGACAGAGGAUACAGGGCGAGAAUUGCCAUAGCAACACGACAACCAGCAGUGACGAGGAAAGCAGCAGUGUCGUGCUCGUCGGCCAGAUGGGAGCGCUCUCAAUAUGACGACACCAGAUGCACUAGUUAUGUUACGAAAAAUAGACACUUCAGGGAUUCAAUAUAGUAUCUGAGUUUUCAUUUCAUUCUGUCUGUGACGACCGCGCUUUGAUGAACAUUGCUAGCUUAGAAUGAUAGUUUGUUAUAUAAUUUUAUGAGCGAGUACAAGCAGCUCUUUUGUUUAGAUAUUCAAUGCAAGAGAUGAAUCAACCGAGGAACUAAUUUUGCAUUUAGCACACCAGAAGCUAGCUUAUGAUGAUAAUUUGUUAGAUAAUUUUAUGAGCGAGUACAAGCAGCUCUUUUGUGUUUGGAGAUUCAAUGCAACAGAUGAAUCAACCGAGGAACUAAUUUUGCAUUUUGCACACCGGAAGCCGCGGGAUAUCUCCAAAAAGGAGCCGUCAGUUACACAAUAGAGGAUGUUGCUUCUUGGCAGUGGCUUCAAAUAUUAUUUGAUAUCAUGAGGGAAAUAGAAGUUUGAAAACCCUCGAAAUGAAUGGUUACUUUUCUCUAGCAAGUUUUUUAGGUUCAUAUCCCUGUAUUAAAGAGAAUGAUAAUACAAUGUAAUAAAAUUUUGAAUCUCUAUCCAAUGGGCGAUUCAGUGUAAUGUUUCCAGUUCGACAUAUCGUCGGCCGGCUGGCAGAAGGGCGUUAGCGCGCAAGCGACUCAAAAACUACUUUUUUUGAAUUAUUCGCAUUUAAAGAUUUGUUUUAUACUUAAACUGCUUUCCAUCCCGAAAAUUGGUUUAAAAUUUAAGAGACUAAUAGAAAUGUUAUAGUAGAACAUGGCCACAAUUUUUUUCUCGGAAAUAAGUCUGUUUUAUAACAGUUUGAGGCGAUAAAGUGCUAACGCCCUUCUGCUUAACGCUUCAUUUUUUAUCUGAAAUUCGAGCUAACGCCCCUCUGCCAGCAAGGCGACGAUACGUCCAUUGUCCCCAUAAUUCAUCAAUAAAGAAAGAAUCUCUUGAUAUUGCAAUUGAACAUUGCUGCUUUCUGAUAUCACUACAGUUACACUUUAUCAAGAGAUUUUUCAUUCAUGGAUGAAAUUUCAUGUGAUGAUUUUGAGAGUGAUACAUAUAAUAAGGGAUAAAGAAUAUUCUUUAAUUUAAUUUUUCAACCGUACUCUUACUGAAAAACAUCUGAGUAGGACGUCUUGUAAGUUUUGAAUUUUUUUUUUUAUUUCAACUGUUGUUUGAUCCUGUAUAUCAGUCUUACUACCGGUACUAGAAUCACACAAAUUGUGGUAUCUUAUCUACAAAGCAUUAUCAAAUGCCAAGAAAAUUAGUCAUGUUGUACAUGAAUUGAAGCAGAAACAGUUGAAUUUUUUCUUUUCGUUCCCUUCACGGACAGUCGUAUUAAAGCUUUUGUCCAAAUAAACAUUAUACUGUGAGCAUUAGUAAGCAUUGUGCCCCCAAUUACUUUUGUAAAGCAAAGAGUGUUAGAAUCCACUAAUGAUUUAAAGAGAAUUCCAUUUUAGUUAUUUGAUUCAUUUCAAAGUCUUAUAUUUAUAUUUUCCUCCUUUAUCUUGCCCUUCUUUUCCUGUGGAUACCGAUUCUUAUUUUUAUAAAGUGCGUAGAAUUCAAAGGAAAUACUACCGUACAUGGUCAAGUAUAAGCUGGGGCGAAUAUAUGUAAGCAUACUUUCUUUAGACCUAGGAUACUUUAUAUUUUUUUGAAGUCUUUUGGAUUAGAAUUAUUUUAGGAUGUAUGGGAUGCCUAGUGACUCCAGCACACAGGCAUGGUUUUGAACCUUGGACCUCAGUAUUCCUAGACCAUAGCUUUAACCACUAAGCCAUGACACUUCAGUAUGCUGCUGUGAGUUCAUAAUGAUGUAUGUUCUUUCUUACCAGAUAUUAUAGGGUACUGUGACACAAAGGUUUGCAAUUGAUAGAUGAAUUAACCACAUUUGGAAUAUAUUCUGCAUACAUUACUUGUUGCUAUAUCUGGCAAGCUCAGGCUGUUACAAACUAUGUUUAAAAACUAUGCACAAGAUUUAAAUAUGUUAGUGCACUGGCCUAGUGCACAAUGACAAUGGCCAAUCAAGAUCAUUGUUGCAUGUAUAUUAUAUGUAUUGUCAACAAGGCCGACUAUUUACCAAUCAGAAUCAUUAUCAUAAUUUCAUAUUUAUGAUUGAUCGCAAACCUUUGUGUCAUGCCCCCCCCCCCCCCAGAUUGUACGGAGACUUCAUUUGACUUCAGAGUAUAAACAUGUGUACUUUCCUUUUUAUAUCAGUGAAUUUUGUUGUUUUUAUAUCUAUAUGGCAAUGUUUAAGUGAAUUAUCCUCUAUAGUCUGUACUUAAAAAAUGCAAACAUAAUUUGUUUAACUCGUUAGUCGUUACUAUCAAAUAGCUUGCUAAUCUUCUUUAGAAGUGAUAUCUUUAAUGGCUUAAAGGUUGAAAUGGAGAAAAAAAAUACUGCUGUGUCACAUAUUUUGCACUUGAAAUUGAAAUCAUGUUGGAAGGUGACGGUAUCUUUGCAGAAAUGUUACUUUUGUAAAUAGUAGAAUAUUAUUGUACAUGUCUACUAUAAAACUAAAUAUAAAUAUAUAAAAUACUUCAA